AUGAAAAUAGCAUUAGAGUUGAUAUCCCUUGGUGGAAAACUUUUUCGGCAUAUUGAGAAAGAUGAUAGAAAUGAUAAAGAAAUAGUGGUGGGAGAAUUCGGCGACAUACCGUUGCAAGCUUACCAACAUGGAAAAGAACCUGGAUUACAAUCCCUACAUGUCAUGAAUUUGGAUAUUUUACAUCCUAUGGACGACACAAUUAUGCCCUAUGCCCUCCUCAGCAGAUUUAAUGUGGUUGUUCGGCAAAUGGUCAGACCGGGACAACAUACCAGAUGUAAAGCAGGCUGCAGCCGUGCAUGUGGGUGCCGGAAAGCUGGGCUCAAAUGCUCAAAUAUUUGCACCAAUUGCCAUUCCAGCUGCACCAACAUGCCUGAGCCAACUACAACUGGUGAGGACGACGACGACGAAGAAGAAGAAGAAGAAGAAGAGGAAGAAGUAGAAAAAGAAGACGAAUACGAACAACACAUAGUUAAUGAAGACGAUACGGAGCCUAGCGUAGAAGAAGUCCUCAGAAGGACAUUCCCCAACCAGAAGGAGAGAGUUGAACCUCCAGUGCGAAACGACUCAUUUUCUUUUGAAUCAAAUAAUAGUUCUGAUCAUGAAAUAUCAAAUAAUACUAACAAUGAAAUUCAGUCUGACAACAGUGACUCUUUGGAAAAUUCUUUUCAGAGCAUCGAAGAUGACCAAACAGUAGAGCCCACAUCCACAAGCAGCGGAUGCAACCAAAUGCCCAGUACAAGUGCAAGCAGAACUGAGCCUAUGCCAGCUGCAAAAGACAAGAGACCCCAAGAGGAGGAGGUAGCGUCACAAGUUGCUCCUGACCUGGGAAGACCAAAAAGGGCAGUCAUAAUGCCAAAAUAUCUCUCUAGUUAUGAAACUAACUUUCUUGUCCAAAUCAAAUAA